GACCGCCCACUUGGUCUAACCUCCGCACUGAGCGCCGUCUCCUCCGCACUUCUUUCUCAACUCGCCUCUUCCGAGGACCUCAACACUACAUGGCCCGGAAAUUAAGUCAUCAGAGGAUCACAUAUGUGCUACCUCUGCCUGAUGCCCCUGGCGGUCAUCGGCUGGGGGUAAACGGCCUAGAAAUCGACACAGAUAACUCUAUCCUGUAUUCCGCUGGUCGCGAUGGUGUCAUCUGCUCAUGGGAUCUAAAUUCAUCACUGAAGUCAUCGUCCCCUCCCACCUUGGGCGCUUCGAAACCGGCUCCCACGACAUUCCGAAAUCAAGUCCAGGCGCACAGCCAUUGGAUCAAUGACAUUGUUCUAACGAAGAACAACUCUGCCCUAGUCUCUGCAUCCUCCGAUACUACUGUACGACUAUGGCGACCGCAUUCCGAAUGUACGGAAGUCUCGGACCCUAUCGGGAAACAUGCGGAUUACGUCAAAGCGCUGGCUACACCGGGGAGCCAUGCCUCUUGGGUCGCAUCUGGAGGUCUAGAUCACAAAGUCUACCUGUGGGAUUUGAAUCGCGGUGGGGAGAUAUUGAAUAUUGACGCCUGCGGAGGGGAUAGCACGGCCAAAGGGUCUGUAUAUGCGCUUGGAGCUGUGUCUUCUGUGAUCGCCAGCGGCGGUCCAGAGAGUGUGGUCAGAGUGUGGGACCCCAAAUCCGGGAAGCUGAUCACCAAAUUUGUCGGACAUACAGAUAACAUUCGAGACAUUCUGGUAAAUCGUGACGGGGAUACGAUCAUGACGGCAUCGUCCGACCAAACGAUCAAGAUCUGGUCCCUAACCGCCGGAAGGUGCAUGCACACAUUGACCAUGCACAACGACAGUGUUUGGUCUCUUUAUUCGAAUCACCCUCAGCUAUCUGUCUUUUACUCGAGUGACCGGUCUGGCCUCGUUGCGAAAACCGACACGCGAUAUUCGGCGGACAUUGAGCAAGGUCUCUGUGUCGCAACGUUGCAAGAACACGACGGUGUAGUCAAUGUCGUAGCAGCUGGAGACUACAUCUGGACUGCGACACCAAAAUCCAGUAUUAACCGUUGGAAUGAUGUGGAUACUACUGCUGAUAUCGAGCUACCAUCAUCGAGCGAGCGAGAAACUGCUUCGGGCGCUGAAGCCGCAACAACAGAGAAAACGAAGGCGGCACAUAAUCGAUCGAAGAAAAUUCCGUAUGAUUCAGUUCUUUUGCUCUCGAACACCUCGACGUUCCCCAAAGCAAGGGUGCCCGAAACUACCCAACCGCGCUCGAAUGCAAAUGCGCAGUCACCGUCAUCCGAGAUAGAGGACGAACUGGGGCUUACACUUCCUGUCCAUACGCUGCCAGAUGAUACAAUUGAGGGUCAGCAUGGCUUGAUCAAGUAUUUCUUCUUGAACGAUAGAAAGCGUACGUUGACGCAGGAUUCUGCUGGAGAUGUGGUUCUUUGGGACCUUCUCAAGUGUGUGCCAAUUCAAUCAUACGGCAAGCGUCAUAUAGACGACGUGGCAUCCGAGCUAAACACAAUAGAAAGUAUUGCUCACUGGUGCACGAUUGAUAUUCGUACUGGAAGAUUGUCCGUGAUACUGGAACCAGGUCGCUGUUUUGAUGCCGAGGUCUACGCCGAUGAGGCCGAAUUGCCAGACUAUUCACAGAUUCGUGAUGAUCAAAGGAUCAACCUAGGCAAAUGGAUCUUGCGCUGGCUUUUUGCUCCUUUGAUUGAGGAAGAGCUCAAACGCGACUCUCAAUAUCGUGACGCUGUCCUAGCAAAGGCCGAGGAGCUCGCAAAACUAAAUAUGUCGAAUACCUCCGCCCCAAUGGACAUACCCUUCGCAGAUGGAUCACGAAAUCUAGCCACAUCCUUCGACCCAUCAAUAUCAUCUCUGAGGCCCGGAUAUGAAUCUUUUGGUAGCCCCUCGACGCCAGGCUUUGGAAUAGGGUUUGCCAACAGCCCCGGAUCUCUCGCGACGCCAACACUUAACCCAAAUACUAGUCACCUCGGCACAUCACCGGGAGAGUUUUCUGACUAUCUCACAUCUCCACCUACUGUUGAUCUGACGAGGAGCUCCCUGUCAGAUAAGUCGAUAAAGGAAGAGAAGGUGUUCGAAAACAACCUAGGCGGCUUCAUUGAGCGUAUCCGCUCGGAAUACGAUGAGCAUCUCUCUGCUCACCCCGGGCAAGAGUUGACACCAGCCUUCGCCCCGAGUCAGGAGAAUGAAACGCCGGUACUGAAUAUACCGGACCGUGUUGCCGUGCUGAUACAAGAAGAAACCGGAGAAACUGCUGUGGCUUCUGACCUCUACCGAGGCAGUGUAGGAAGUAUCCGGGAAGAGGUCGAUAAAUUGGAGAAAUCGAUUCCUCUGUGGCUUGCCGAUCUGUUACUUAAGAACCAAGUGCCUUUCAAGGAACCCGUCAAGGUCGCGUUUACGCUGAAACCGUAUGAUGAUCUCUUACCCCCUGUUGUGAAGCCAGAAGUCAAUGUCGCGAAUGGCAACACAUCCAACAAUCGGCUGAAUGCAAAUCGUAUGCUACGAGCAAAGAAGAUCCUUGCGUAUGUCGCGGAGCGAAUCGACCCACCGAACCCUGACGAACCCGAGGAGAAUGCGAUGAAACCGGAAGAGUACUUGGAACUGUACUGUCACAAAGUUCCGAUACCCCCCAAUAUGACUUUGGCGACGAUUCGCACUCAUAUUUGGCGCUCAUCGGGAGAUAUGGUGCUCCAUUACAAAGCAAAUGGAAAGAAGGAAAUUCGAAUGCCCAGCCCUAGCCAAGAGGAUGAUAACGGCAACCAGAAUGCUGGAGCAGGUUCCCAGCCGCCUGUCGAAGCAGGAGGCAUGUCUCAGGGAGAAGGUGGAAGUGCGCCGCCAGGGAGCAUCCAUUCACAGACGGCCUCUGGGUCGGCCUCCGUGUCUGCUCAUAAUCCUUGAUUCGAGUGGAGAACCAUCACUUCUAAUUCUUUGUGACAUUACUUCUGUGUACAGUGCUGGACAUAGUGUGAAUAUCCACAUGGACGUAAAUGAUCGUAUGUAUAUAUGCUGUUGAUAACAGACACAAUCAGAACAAUGGUACUGUGUUUGAAAUUUAAUUCAAGUUGUAGAAGUUGGGAACUACGGAUUGUAAUCAUAGUUGAGGUCGAUAUAAAAACUCCCCGGAGCGGAUCAUCCGCGCCAAGACCUAAACCGCUGCGAGUAUAAAUUUAUCCAUCGAACCUCCUCCGU